AUGAGUUACCUGCGUUCUCCCCGUGUGUUUUCGAUCACCUCAUUUAUUCCUAAGCGGUAUCAGUCUGCUGCAGCAGCAGUGAAGUCAUUGAUUGAAAAAGAACUUGAUGGCAUUAAAUCCGCUGGAACGUGGAAAAGGGAACGUGUUAUUACUAGUCCACAGGCUUCCGAUGUUUUAGUUGAGGGUACGGAAAGUGGCGUUAUUAAUUUUUGCGCGAAUAAUUAUCUUGGUCUUUCAAACCAUCCACGUGUUAUUCAAAAAUCCAUUGAUUGUCUUAAAACCCAUGGGGCUGGUAUGAGUUCCGUUCGAUUUAUUUGUGGUACUACGGAUAUCCACAAGAAGUUGGAAAGGCAAAUCGCCGAUUUCCAUGGACGCGAGGACAGUAUUCUCUUCCCAAGCUGCUUUGAUGCAAACGCCGCUAUCUUCGAAACUCUUCUCACUCCUGAAGAUUGUGUGAUCUCCGAUGAACUUAAUCAUGCUUCCAUCAUUGAUGGCAUUCGUUUAUGCCGAGCUAAGCGUCUUCGCUUUCUUCAUGGUGAUAUGAAAGAUCUUGAGCGUUGCCUUGAAGAAGCCAAAGACUGUCGUAUUAAAAUGAUCGCUACCGAUGGUGUAUUCAGCAUGGAUGGCGAUAUCGCCAAGCUACCGGAAAUCUUAGAUUUAGCAGAGAAGCACAAAGCUAUCACCUUUAUUGAUGAAUGUCAUGCUACAGGUUUCUUCGGAAAAACAGGUCGUGGUACAGAGGAGUAUUUCGGCGUUCAAGGAAAGACUACAAUCAUAAAUUCAACUUUGGGGAAGGCAAUGGGAGGCGCCUCAGGAGGCUACACCACGGGGUCAAAGGAGCUCAUUUCUCUACUUCGUCAGAGAGGCAGACCAUAUCUCUUUUCCAAUAGUCUUCCUCCUGCUGUUGUUGGGGCCGCAACGGGAGCAUUCGAUCUCCUUAUGGAGAGCUCAGAGCUUCCACAGAAACUCCAUGCGAAUAUCAAACUCUUCAGGGAUUCCAUGACUCAGCUUGGUUUCACUCUCUCUGGUGAUCCUUGUCAUCCAAUUUGUCCAGUGAUGCUUGGUGAUGCUCGUUUGGCUGCUCAAUUUGCCGAUGAAAUGCUCCAACAUGGAAUCUACGUGAUUGGUUUCAGCUACCCUGUUGUACCUAAGGGCAAGGCGCGUAUACGUGUUCAGAUUUCUGCUGCGCACAGUCAGGAUCAUAUCAAAAAGGCCAUUGAAGCUUUCAAAGAUGUCGGUAGGAAACUCAAUGUCAUUCCCUAA